AUGGCAUCGACGCUCCGCGGCGGUAUCGGUGGUAUUGCUCAGACCACGGAAAACCCAGUGCAAGUGUCGGUAAUAAUGGAGCCAAUAAAGAAGAAAGCACAAAAUUUCAUGGAAAUCAAGUGCCCAAAAAUUAGAACUUUCAUAGGGAAAAACACUAAAGACUAUUGUAAUGACACCACUAUACAUGGUCUUAAAUAUAUAGCCAAUAGCAGUCUGUUUCCUCUAGAAAGAAUAUUUUUCGCAUGUUCUUUUGUGAUUGUCGUGCUUGGUGCGGUUUUUUUCGUGGAUAAAGUCUAUGAAAAAUGGAAUUAUACACCGGUUAUAAUGAGCAUAAAUUCUCAGCCCACUGGAAUAACUCAAGAUCCCUUUCCGGCAGUUACUAUAUGCAAUUUGAAUUUGGCUUCUAAACAAAAAGUUGAACGGUUUUCCAUCUAUUCACUUGAAUAUACUAUGAUACAAAUGAUGUGCAGAUAUCCUGUCAAUGAAACUAUUGCUAAUGAAAUUACCGACUGGAGCAACUUAAGAGGUUUUGUUUCAGAGAUCUCGCAGACAUGUAGUGAAAUGCUGAUCAGCUGCAAAUACGGUGGAGUUAAGUACAAAUGUACUGAAAUUUUCCAGCCCGUUAUAACCGACAGCGGUUCAUGUUGUGCUUUUAAUAUGAUUCAUGGAAAGUUCUUGUUCAGAAGAAACCCAGAGUGUGCUAACUGCACAGCUCAAACACCGAAGGGCACUGAGCACGUUGAAUGGAGUCCAGAGAACGGUUACCAGAAAAAUUUGCCUCGAAGUUAUAGUCCUAUGCCUGCAGUUGGCACGGGCGAAACAUUGGGCUUGUCCGUAACACUGGAUGUGCAAGCUGAUAAUUAUUACUGUUCAUCUGGGAGUAGCGUUGGUUUCAAUAUGCUAUUACAUAAUCCUCUUGAGGUGCCUAACAUGAGAGAAAUUGGUUUGCCACUGACGCCCGGUCGUGAGACAAAAGUCCGAAUAAGAGCUGUUAAAACCGAUUCGGAACAGGGCUUGCGUUCAAUGAGUAAAAUGUCGCGGAGAUGUCUCUUCGCCGAUGAAAAACCUUUAGAGUACUAUAGAUUUUAUACACAACGCAAUUGUGAGGUGGAGUGUUUGGCGAAAAUGCUGUUGAAAUAUUGUGGUUGCGUAACACAUUUUGUGCCCUUAUUUUUGGAGAACCAAAACCAAUGUGGUAUUUACGAGAUGUCCUGCGUGAUGCGUAUACACCUGCAAUCGAUGGUUACAAAUAAUGGCAAGGGUUGUCCCGAAGUCUGCCUGCGCGGUUGCUAUGAUUUGACUUACCUACCGGAUUUCUUCACAAUACCGUUAUCACAUUCAGGAUUUCAAGUCAUUAACCAAGGCAUUAAGAAUAUGAGUAGUGCCUACGUAGAGAAAAAUGUUGCAGUAGUAAAUAUUUACUUCAAGGAUGUCGCGUACAGAAGCAGCAAACAGGCGGAAUAUAUUGGAAUAACGGAUUUUUUAUCAAAUAUUGGUGGAAUCCUUGGACUAUUCUUUGGCUUUAGUUUCAUGUCUUUAGCGGAAUUCAUAUUCUAUUUUCUUUUGAAGCCGAUUCGGGUGCUGAUUGUUAAAUCUUGGUCAAAACGAGUCAUAAAAAGACGAAUGUCCAAAAAGUUGAAGCCCUUUGAAAAACUUUCGAAACCAUCCAACCAACUGAAUUCAAGUGAACAGAUAGAAGCUGUUGAUAGUUACUUUAAAG